AUGACGUUCUGGCAACAAAGACGAAUCCUAGUAACCAAAGGAUGGGGACCUUGCAAGCGCACUCAUUUGGUGCCCGUCAAUGAGCAUUAUUCAGUCCCAGGUCUCGACGGCAUGACUCGAACAUGGGAUUGGAGAGUUGGGAUCGAUCCUGGGGCAUUUGCUCCAACAGGAGGCUUUUACAUGUCCGGCAACAUGGCUUAUGGCGGCUUCUUGGAGAGAGGACCAGGCGGGCCUGUAGUGGUUGUGCAAGAUAGGGACCGUCGCAAUGGGUUAAGCAACCGGGCACUCAACGGGCUGCUAGAUGACAUCAUGGCUCGAGAUCCAGAUGACGACCGUCGAGCAGCAUCUGAACGUCGGGACGACGAGUUCAGAGCCAGAUGGCUGGCCCUGCACAACGAAGCCAAUGCCUGUCGUGACAAAUUUGGUGGCCAUAUCGAGACAUAUGAGACAAGGACAAGAGACCCAAUCAGCGACAGCAGGCUCACAGGUCUGCGCGCUGAGGCAGCCACGUAUGCUGAACGGGGAAAGCAACGAGCUGAAGAACAAGCCAGAAGGGACAGGGAGAGACUCUGGGAGUUGCGCGAUGCAGACCUGGGCCGAGAAGCGCGCGAAGACCUGGAGGACUACGGAUUCGUGCGCGUGGCACCUCUUCGAAGGACGAGGUGGUGA